AUGAAUUCAAUAUUCCUAGGAGUCCUCUGCCUUCUUGCCACAGCGGCUGGUCAGCGCCCUGCCAUGGAUACGCAGCCAAUGGACGUGCCCACAAACUGGCAACAGGAUGCCUUCUUCCGUCAGCAGAGGGCGAAUCUCGCCACCUCCAAACAGGCGCUGAUUGCCAUGAUUAACGAAUUACGGGAGACCAUAUUCAGACAACAGCUCCUCCUAACCCAGUACUUCCGCGACCAAGCAGCCCAGCCAGUGCAGCGCCCAAACAUCGCGUGA